GGGUUAACACUAACAAUGACCUUAUCUACGGAGUUACAUCCGCAGAUUCCCAAGCCAACUAACUAGUAACGCUAUCACUGACCCCUCACUAACCAGCCCAGCACUUCUACAUUAACCAAGCAAGCAUCUCUCAUCCACAGACAAUAGCACCUCAAAUCAUAUCAUACAGUAAACAACAUCAACAAUGGGCCAAACACACCCCUCCUCCAAACCCACAACACCUUCUCCCUCCAUCGAAACCCUCCCCUACGGCACCGAUCACAGCCUCCAAACCGUCACAGUGGCCACACUCAACAACGACAACAAUGAAGGCUACUGGGUGAUUCUAAUUCACGGCGGCGCCUGGCGCGACCCAACCCAAACCGCCACAAACUACCUAACCCCCGCCCUCAGCACCCUCACCACCAAUCCCUCAUACACCAACACCAACACCUCCCACCUCAAAGGCAUCGCCUCAAUCUCCUACCGUCUCAGCCCGCACCCAUCACACCCUCAAGACCCUCAAACCACCGAGCCCACACACCUCCGCGCCGCAAAGCACCCAGAUCACAUCUCCGAUGUCCAAUCCGCGCUGUCCUUCCUGCAAGAGAAAUACAACAUCGGGAGGAAUUACAUCCUAGUAGGACAUAGUUGCGGUGCUACGCUGGCGUUUCAGUCUGUGAUGGGGAGGUUUAGGGACUUGUUGAACGGGGAGGUCAUGCCUCCGGUUGGGAUUGUGGGGAUGGCGGGGAUUUAUGACCUUCGGUUGUUGAGGAAUACGCAUCGGAGUGUCAGUGCGUAUCAGGAGUUUAGUGAGGGGGCGUUUGGGGCUGAUGAGGCGGUUUGGGAUGAGGUGUCGCCUGCUUUGGGGAGGGGAGAGGAGGGGGUAUGUGGUGGGUGGAGUGGGAUUGGGGAUGGGGAUCGGUUGGUGGCGGUGUUGGCGUAUUCUGAGGGUGAUAGUCUGGUGGAUCCGGGGCAGAGGGAGGUGAUGAGGAAGGCUUUGGAGGAGGAGUGGGUGGGUGGUGGGAGUGGGAGAGAGGAGAGGGUGGUGGAGAUGUUGGAUAUUGAGGGGGAUCAUAAUGAUGCGUGGGAGAAGGGAGAGGAUUUGGCGAGGGCGAUUGUGUUUGCGAUUGAGAAGGUCAGGGUUCAUUAUGUCCCCUCUGUCUCUGUUCCUGACUGA